UUCCUCCGAUGAAAGAACGGGAGAGGGUGGGGGGGGGGACAGGGAGGGAGGUCUACCUUCCUCCCUUCCCGCCUCCUUCCCGCUCCCCUCCUGUUUUCCACGUCUUUUGGCAUGGAUUUUCUUGCAGCAGUUCCGUGCUAGAGGUCUCCACCGAGCUGUGUACAAGUCGGAACUGGCUGCAUUACGAAGCUGGGCUCUUUCUUUUGUGCAUCACCCAGUGAACUCGCUGCAAGAACCCUGCAGCAGCCAGGUUAACGGAUUUCCAUCCGUUAACAAAGAGGCCAACACCUGUCCUCUCUUUUCAAGAAAGCGCGGAGGGCGAGAAAGGAGGAACGAGAUCCGUGCGCCGCCUCCCUGCUCUCUCCCUUUCUCCUUGGCGGAAAAAGCAGACGAAAAGUGACGGAAGGUGAUGCAGACAGAGGAGAACAAAAUGUGGGGCUUGAGGGCACCGCUGCAGCAGCACUGAUUACAACUGAAACAUCUGCAAAGCCAUUGUUUGGGCCUCGGGAAUCUCGGGAUCUGCCCCUGUGGUUCAUCUUCACCGAUUCCCGCCUUGAAGUCUGGCGACCCAUCGCUUUCUGCCCUCACCCGCGUCCUCGGUCUCUUGGAGAGCAUCCUCUUGGUCUCCUCCUCCCUCCGUUUUCCUCCCACCCCUUGAUUCUCCCUCUCACUCUGCAGUAGUCCACAGUAGUCUCUCUGGGAGGUCAGUCUUUCUUUGCUAGCAGCUCAAUUUUGGAUGCUUGCGGAGUGGGGUUCAUGCUAAGCGCUGACAGGAUGGAUGAAUUUCAGAGUGAGGAGGAGGAACCGUGGUAUGAUCAGCAAGACUUGGAACAAGACUUGCACUUAGCAGCCGAAUUAGGGAAGACACUUCUGGAGCGCAACAAGGAACUGGAAGAUUCUCUGCAGCAAAUGUACACCACUAAUGAGGAACAAGUGCAAGAGAUAGAGUAUUUGACAAAACAGCUGGAAAUGUUGCGGCAUAUGAAUGAACAGCAUGCUAAAGUUUAUGAACAGCUGGAUUUAACAACACGGGAUCUAGAACUGGCCAAUCAGAAGCUUGUGUUAGAGAGCAAGGCAUCUCAGCAGAAGAUACAAUGCCUGACGGAAACAAUUGAAGGACUACAAAAUCAAGUUGACGAGCUACAAAAACAAGUGGAAGAACUGCAGAGCUUAGACCAGCUGCGUGUCCGCCGAGAAAAAAGAGAAAGGCGUCGAACGAUCCACACAUUUCCUUGUCUCAAGGAAUUAUGCUCAAGUCCCAGAUAUGAGGAUGCGUUCCAGAUCCACAGCUCUUCCAUGGAGUUCAACCAAAUGCCCUUGGAACGAGAGAAUGAGCGACUGCAAGCGAUGGUAAAUUCUCUCCGGUCCCAAGUUAUCCAGGAGAAGCAGAGAAAAGAAAGGGUGGAGAGAGAGUAUACAUCAGUCAUCCAGGAGUACUCAGAGCUUGAGCAACGAGUUUGUGAAAUGGAAAGCUGCAAAUUGCGCAUUAAAGAAUUGGAAACUGAAUUAUUGGAACUCCAGCAGAUGAAGCAAGUCAAGAAAUAUCUCCUCAGCAGAGAGGACAACCUAUCAGAAACACUUCUGGAGCCAUUAAACAAUGCUCCUGAAUCUGACUACAUAGACCUUUCGGAGGAAGAUGGGAGGAAAAAUCAUGAAUCCUCCAUGGCAGCUUCUCCAAACCAUCCUGUCCGGAAAAGCUGUAGCGACACAGCCCUUAAUGCCAUUGUAACCAAGGAUGCUGUGAGCCGCCAUGAAGGCAAUUAUACACUCCAUGCCAACAAUGUACGGAAAAGGGGAAUGUCAAUCCUGAGGGAAGUGGAUGAGCAAUACCAUGCCCUGCUGGAAAAGUAUGAGGAGCUUCUCAGCAAGUGCCGUCAACAUAAGGACAGCGUACGUCAUGCUGGUGUCCAAACCUCGCGCCCCAUCUCCCGUGACAGCUCCUUUAGAGACUUCCGGGGGGAGAAUUAUGAGCUGGAAGAGCUCAAAACAAUGGAGAAGAGCCUUAGCAAACAUGUGGAAGCGGUAGACAAACGACUAGAGCAGAGUCAGCCAGAAUAUAAAGCUCUGUUUAAGGAAAUCUUCUCUCGAAUCCAGAAGACAAAAGCAGAUAUCAAUGCCACCAAGGUGAAAAAGAAGACUAGCAAGUGAAUCUUCCCUCUUCACCUGCACCUUCAGCCCCCGAUUCUUUUUAGCCCAGGAAAAAUUGCCUGGCUUUCUGCCUUUGUGCUCUGGAAGCUUCUUAUAUUGAUAGCUUGCACAGAAAAGGAGCCUGUUGGGAGUGCCUGAAAAUCAGCAAGAAUCCAAGUCACAUUCUACUCCAAGCUGUCUGGCUCCCUGAAUCUGCUGCAAAAUCUAUAUGUUGUAGUUGUAGUUGGUAUCAAAGAUUUUAUGAGGAUUUCUUCACAUCCUGCAGCAGCCAGAACGCCUAAAUAGGAAAUUGGGCCAACUAACCACAGCUUCACAUCUGUUGCCACAGCCGCUGUUCACUUUUCUGCAUGGAACAUAGGAUCAAGAUCAGAUUCCUUAUAAUGACUCGGAGUAUCCAAAACAUAAUUUUAAAAAAUUAAGUUUCCAAAAGCAACUCCUGAAAUUCAACCCUUCCCCCAUACUAUAUUUCCAUUUUGUUUCUUUCCAUGACGAACCCAUGGAAUCAGAUCCAUCAUCAGUGAGACUUUUCAAUGGACAGCUCCCUAUUCUGAAAGGGAAUAUGUUCUUCCUGUUUAAGCCAUUAUUUUAUUGGUCAACUUUUUCAAUAUUUACAAUGCAAGUUCAUUGCAACUGGAAAAACUUGAAAAGAAAUGUCAGAUUGAUUAAUGUCUUCAUCAGGCAUACCUAAUUGUUCUGAUCAUCUAAUGUGUAGAGCAAACUAAACAUAGGAUGUCCAGUAUAUUUCCUCCAGUAUUUAUUUCAGUAAGUUGUCAUCACUCAUUCUGGGAUUUCCAGAAGCCAAAUAAAUAAGUGCUAUUACUGACUUGGGGAGAGAGCUCCAUCUUUAGUUAGGUGUUGGUUUUUCAAGCCUUGUUGCUCAAAUGAUUACCCUUAUUAUCUUCUGUGACCUGAUCCUAAAAUAUAAUUUGCAUGCCUUGCAAAACGUGAAUAGGGGUGAUUUAUACAUUGCAUAUUUAUACACAAAGCUUUCUCUCUUCAGUCUCAGGAAUCAUCACUCUCCAUUUCAUUGAAAUUAAAUAUUGGGCUACUUUAGAUACACCAUAAUAAAUGAUAGGAAUUACUGCACAUAUGCUUACCAAUAUUACAUUUCAAUAAUGUUUAGGGUACACAUACAUAAGAUUAUUGGCUUAGCAAGCAGUACUAUACUUGAAGAAAUGUUGGAUCAAUUUGGAUAUAUCUGAAUAAAUCCAAAGUCUGUUGUUUCUUUGGAAUUAUAAUAACAUAAAAUGAUAUUUGAAUGUGCUAUAUUACGUUCAGCAUAUUACCUUCUUGUUCUUUCAUCUUUAAACACUAUUGUGUGAUUUUUCUUACAAAGAUCCUUAGACAAUUAUUCUUUAAUGGUCAAGGUUGUCAAGUUUCACCAAGGAGAUGGAGGCUCACAGAUUUUUCUAAUAAUUUGGGCCUCUUGUCAUAUGUCUGCAUUUCAUCAAGCUAGAUCUGUCCAGUUUUUAUAUCCCAUUUCAUGAACACGGUAAAUAGAAGUUUAAGAAGGUAGUUGUGUGGGAAGUCAACUGUGAAGUCAAAGAGAGUGAGCAUAUUCUUUCUUGUGUGACCGGAUUGUCAUUUCAUUUGCUAUAUUCUUGCCAUGAAAAACUUUUGAGUCCUUGUGCUUAACCAAGUGAAGUCACUUUUGAAAUACAUGGAAGUAGUUUUGAGUUAGUCUAUCCAGGAGCUAUUCUUUUGAAUUGGUUCUUUGACUAAAUGCUCAAACCUCUUCUGUACCCUGGAUGUGGUCCAAACGAGCCAUACCCAUGAUUGUGGCUACCACUUUGGUAACCAUAUACAAACCUUCAUGCCUUACAAUAAAAAAAAUGAGUAAUCUGUAAAAAUAACAAAAGAAGUUGGUUCUCUCAAAAUAUUUACUUUGAUCUGUAGCCAUCAAAGCUGUGGCAUUUUAAUUUUCCUUUACUACCUUUUUACUAAGGGACUUCUGACUUUAUAUUUGUCCUAAAAAGUAAUCUGUUUGUUGCAUCAGUAUUUUGGGUGGGAAAGGGCCAUUGCAAUCUUGGUUUUGAAAACUGUUAAUGUGCAAACCAGCGUCUUGUUUGUGUAGCAUACUUAAAAUUAAUAUAUUUAAAAAUGCUUUAUUCUGUUCUUAAAUAAAA